AUGCCUACCAUUUCUGUUAACAAGCAACAGCUAUUCGACCUUCUUGGUAAAAAUUACACUAAUGAUGAAUUCGAUGAAUUAUGUUUCGAAUUCGGUGUUGAAUUGGACGAAGAUACUACUGAGGAAGCUUUAAAAACCGGCGAAGAACCUGAAUUAAAAAUUGAAAUCGGUGCCAAUCGUUACGAUCUACUUUGUAUCGAAGGUAUUGCCCAAUCACUUAACGAAUACUUAGGUAGAGCCGAAACUCCAAAAUAUAAACUUUUGAAACCAACUACAAAAUUGAUCAUUGAUAAGGAAACUGAACAAAUUAGACCAUAUGCUGCAGCUGCAGUUCUAAGAAAUAUCAAGUUCACUGAAAAGUCAUAUGCUUCUUUUAUCAGUCUUCAAGAUAAACUACAUUCCAACUUAUGUAGAAACAGAUCUUUGGUCGCAAUGGGUACCCAUGAUUUGGACACUGUCAAGGGCCCAUUCCACUACAGAGCUUUACCACCAAAGGAUAUUAAAUUUAUUCCAUUGAACCAAACAAAAGAAUUCAACGGUGAAGAAUUGAUCGAAUUUUACAAGACCCCAGAACAAAAGAAUAACAUUGGUCGUUUCACUCAUAUCAUUGAAAACUCUCCAGUUUUCCCAGUCAUUAUGGAUGACAACGAUACCGUCUGUUCACUACCUCCUUUGAUUAAUUCAGAACACUCCAAAAUUUCUCUAGAGACCCGUAAUGUUUUGAUCGAUAUUACUGCCACCGACAAAACUAAGGCUGAGGUUGUUUUGGAAACUUUAUGCGCUAUGUUCUCUCGUUACUGUGACGAGCCAUUUAGUAUUGAACCGGUCGAAAUUGUUUCUGAACAUAAUGGCCAAUCUCGUAUGGUUCCAAAGGUAGAAGAGAGAGUUAUGGAUGUUUCUAUUCCUUACAUCAACUCUGCUUUGGGUCUUGAACAAACUCCAGAAGAAAUUGCUGCCUGUUUAAAGAAACUUUCCUUGCAUGCUGUUGUUUCUCCAAAGGACGAUGCCGUUCUAAGUGUUUCUAUUCCAAUGACCAGAUCUGAUAUUCUACAUCCAUGUGAUAUCAUGGAAGAUGCUGCUAUUGGUUAUGGUUACAACAAUCUACCAAAGGGUAAGCAAUUGGCAAACGCCAGCUUCGUUGCUUCUGCUCUACCAAUUAACAAGAUUUCUGAUAUAUUCAGAUUAGCUUCCUCUCAAGCUUCUUGGUUAGAAGUUAUGGCUUUGACCCUAUGCUCACAUGAUGAAAACUUUAAGUUCUUAAAGACCGAAGAUGACAACACAAAGGCUGUUAAGUUGGCUAAUCCAAAAACUCUAGAAUACCAAGUUGUCAGAACAACUCUGUUACCAGGUUUAUUAAAGACUGUUAAGGAAAAUAGAAAACAUACACUUCCAAUUAAGGUCUUCGAAAGUGGUGAUGUCGUUUUCAAAAACGAAGCACUUGAAAGAAAGGCUUACAAUGAACGUCAUUGGGGUGCUAUCUACGUUGGUAAGAACUCUGGUUUCGAAAUUAUUCAAGGUCUUUUGGGUAAGAUAAUGCAAACUUUCAGAACACAAUGGAUCGCUGAUUACGGUGCUGCAUCUACAGGUAGAGGUUACUGGAUUGAACAAGAUGAUUCUAUCAAGACUUACUUCCCAGGUAGAGGAGCCAAGGUCAUGUUUAGAAGUAAGGAAGGUGAAAAGGCUCAACAAAUUGGUCAUCUAGGUGUUCUACACCCAGAAGUUAUGAACAACUUUGAUGUUCCAUUUGCUGCUUCAUAUGUUGAAUUGAACUCUGAAGUAUUCCUAUGA